UUAAUGAAUUUGAUAUAGUUUUGUUUUAUGAUAAUUUGUAUAUCUUUAAAAAACAGCCACACUUUUUGUGUCGUAGUUUUGUAAAUACAACAAUGGAUUUGGACAUUGACACACACAAAGGGACAAUAUAUGAUCUUCUGCGAACAAUAAAAGAUCCUGAAAAACCUGGAACUUUAGAAGAUUUAGAUAUUGUGUAUGAAGAAGGUAUCAGAGUAGAAACAGAUGCUGAUCAAGAACGGUACUUCGUCGAAGUUGAUUAUAAACCUACGAUUCCCCAUUGUUCACUUGCUACACUUAUUGGACUAUGCAUGAGAGUUAAAUUAGAGAGAAAUCUUCCAACCAAUCAUAAAAUAUCUAUCAAUGUUGCUGAAGGCACACACAACACUCGUGACGAAAUCAAUAAACAAAUCAAUGAUAAAGAAAGAACCAGUGCUGCAAUGGAAAAUCCAAAUAUCAAGAAAGUUGUUGAAAAAUGCAUUCAAGAACCUGACUGACACGUACGUUGGUCGUACAACAAUCUGAACUUCAUGCGACAACUGACAGUACAUGGUCAUGUCGGCGUAAUUGAAUAAAUGCAGUAUUUAAAUUAUAAAUCAAAAUUAUUUUUUUAGAAAUCAGAAUAUCUGAUAUAUGCUGAUAUUCCAAAAACUAAUUAUUGUAUCAAAUUCAGUGGUACUCCCACAGUGUGUAUUAGGUUGGGGUUAGGCCAUAAUUUUAUUCUGAUUUUUCUUUAUUUUAGUUCUAUUAUGUGUUCGGCGACUGCCUGUGUUAGCCAAGUGAAUAUCCUCGUUGCCCAUAGGUUUCAAUCCCUUUACACAACUUGUAAAACAUGAGAACAAAAUUAGUUACCUCCAUAUUGGUACACACAAUUCUGGAGGCCGAUUCAGUUGCACUUCCAAUUUUAUUAUUUUUGAGCCUCACAAAAACCAAUAUGUAUGACACGCCCAUAAGCCUCGACUUCAAGAACCCUUAGCAGGCAUCCGAAAAUAAAUUACAGCAUUUCUUUUGUUACUAUUUAUAGUAUUCUGAAUGCUAAAACUUCAAUCAUAUACAGGGUAGUCGCUAGAAAACCAGAAAAUUUGUCAAAUAGCUAUUUAUUUUUACAAAGACUUUUAAAGGCAUAUGUUGUGUUACACUCAUGCAUGCUCAAAAAUGUUGUCCAUGCCCUUCAGAACAGUGUCUUAACCUAGAAGUCCAAGCUCGUACAGAGUUUUGAAGGAAAGAUUGUGGGAUCCGAUUCAACCUAUAGGCUGCACAUUUAUUUGUUAUCGUCAUCUUAUCUGAUCUUCAAAUUUUCUUCUUUUCUGGCGACCACCGUGUAUAUAUACUCUGUAAUAAGUCUUAACUCUUAACAAAAGAGUGUUUCUUCAUUUUCGAUUAAUCUAGGAUCUGUGCAAAGAGUUACUGUCAUAAAUUUUUAAUUCUACCUAUUAUCUUGUUUUCUGUGAUAUGAAUUUAGUUUUAAUAAACAUAUACCAUAUAAUUUG